AGUGUGUAAACCUAGGUUUUGCUCUAUAUUUCUCACAGUGUUUGUGGUAAUUCGGUAAAAUGGCUGAGGAUGUUUCAUCUAAAAUCAAUCUAUCUGAUCCAGGACCCACGGGGACCGCACACUCCAAAACCAACCAUAAAGCGGAUUCACCUUGUGAAAGAUUGAUGGUAGUUAUCACAGCUCUAAUGAUGGCUUGUUCCUUCUUACUGAUUGUCACAAUAAGGCUGGGAGGCCACAUCAUGUACAGAGCCAAUGAUGCAGAUUGGAGCGUUACGUCUAAAGAGCGGACAGUCUGUGCAGAAUUACAGCGUAACAUUACAUGGCUGGAGGAGAGACUGCGAUGUCUGGAAACAACCAUAACUGCAGCAGAGCAGAAUAAAUGCCCCUCAGGAUGGACUUUCAUUUCCGAUAAAUGCUAUUUCUUCUCUGAUGAUAAAAAACCAAGAGAUGAAAGUGGUGAUUUCUGUGCAACACAUGGAGCAAAACUAGCGACUGUCAAAGGAAAUGAUCCAGAGUUACAGUUCCAGAUAAAGCGCUCAGAUUCCGUGUUUUGGGUUGGACUAAUGCGGCGAAAGGAGGUGCAGAAUCAGUGUUCCAUCACAAUGUGGACCUGGUCUGACGGAACCAUACAGAAAUCUCUGUAUAAUGAAAUUCCUGCUCAUUGUGCAGCAAUGAAUCUCACCAUUGAAUUCAAACCUUGCAAGUCUGCGCUGCGCUGGAUAUGUGAAAAGACAACAGAGAAACACAAUUUAUACGAACAAACAAAGAAUUGCUAA